AUGAACGGUGCGGACUCGGAGGCGUCUCACCGCGAACAAGGCGCCCCCCAGCCCAUCGCCAUCAUUGGAUAUGCUUGCCGACUUCCCGGGCAAGUCACUUCCCCCUCCGAUCUCUGGGAGCUAUGCACUCGAGCCCGAAGUGGCUGGUCGCCUAUCCCGAAAGACCGAUUUUCCGUUGACGCAUUCCAUCAUCCUAACCCGUCUAAGGUGGGAUGCUUCAACCCCAAGGGAGGCUACUUCUUGGAAGAAGAUCUUGCCCGCUUCGAUGCACCCUUCUUCAACUUGUCUGUCCAGGAAGCAACUUCCAUGGAUCCCCAGCAGCGCAUGCUGUUGGAGUGCUCGUAUGAGGCUUUGGAGAGUGCUGGCAUUCCCAAAGAGAACAUUGCACGCCGAAAGGUCGGCGUCUUCGCUGGUGGCAACUUCUCUGAUUAUGAACUCAACAACGUUCGCGACAUGGAUACCAUUCCUAUGUAUCAAGCCACCGGAUGUGCACCUUCCCUACAAUCCAACCGCUUAUCAUACUUCUUCGACCUUCGGGGACCAAGUAUCACAGUUGACACGGCUUGCUCUUCCUCCCUCGUUGCACUUCACUACGCGGUACAAAGCUUGCGAGGUGGAGAAUCCGAGGAGGCCCUUGUUGUUGGCUGCCAUCUCAACAUUAUACCAGAUCUUUUUGUUUCGACGUCCAUGUCACAAUUACUCAAUGAUGACGGCAAAACAUUCUCCUUUGAUGAAAGAGCAAACUCGGGAUUUGCCCGUGGUGAAGGCGCUGGCGUCGUGAUCCUCAAGCCCCUUAAUGCCGCUCUACGCGACAGAGAUCCCAUCCGAGCUGUUGUUGCCAACUCAGGUGUCAACCAAGAUGGUCGCACGAAGGGUAUCACUUUACCCAACGGACAAGCUCAGGAGGAGCUCAUUCGACAAGUCUAUAGAGAAGCCAACCUCAACCCCGAAGAAUGUGGUUUUGCCGAAAUGCACGGUACGGGAACAAAGGCUGGUGAUCCAAUAGAAGCUGCUGCAGUUCAAGCAGCUCUCGGAGGAGGUCGGACUGCAAGAAACCCUCUUUAUAUCGGAUCAGUCAAGUCGAACAUUGGACAUUUGGAAGGAGCUAGCGGUGUCAUUGCCAUCAUAAAGGCAGCCAUGAUGCUCGAGAAAGAGUUCAUGCUUCCGAAUGCCGAGUUCAAGAAGCCAAAUCCUAAUAUUCCACUGAAUGAAUGGAACAUGAAGGUUUUGACAUCGACUCGACCCUGGCCUGCUCGCAAGAAUUACGCGAGCGUCUCCAAUUAUGGUUUUGGUGGAACAAAUGCACACGUCGUCCUGGAAAAGGCACCCCUCAAUUCCAAGGCACCCGACCAUGCUGUUGAGGACAUUGAUGUGGAUCCAAAGCUGAAAUUGUUCCUGAUCUCCGCGAACGAUAAAGAGUCUUUGCGGACCAGAAUCAAGGAUUUCGGUAUCUACUUCGAGCAACACCCUGAAGUCUUCGAGAAGUCUCUGUUUGCAAAUUUUGCCUACACCCUUGGUAGCAAGAUGUCGCAACUGUCCUACCGUGUCGGUAUCGCGGCGACUUCCCUUGAUGAGCUGGGGAUUCGUCUUGCUCAGCUCACGAUCAAUCCGCUUCGCGUUCUUGGAUCCCCAACUUACUCAUUCGUUUUCACGGGACAAGGAGCCCAGUGGGCCCAGAUGGGUAUCCCGCUCAUGUAUGACUAUCCAAUCUUUGAGUCGGCCAUCACACGAGCCGAUAAGUGCCUCAGGGGCCUUGGCGCCGAGUUCUCUCUCAUCGAAGAGUUGAAACGGGAUUCCGUCACCUCUGAGAUCAACUCCCCUCAUCUGAGUCAGCCUGCCUGCACAGCGCUUCAGAUUGCACUUGUGGAUCUUCUAGAGUCGUGGGGGAUCCACCCAUCUUCUGUUGUGGGUCACAGCUCCGGUGAGAUCAGCGCAGCGUAUGCCGCCGGUAUAUAUGAUCUGGAAGGAGCUAUGACCCUGGCCUACCGCCGAGGACAAAUGACGUCUCUGCUCAAGGCUUCGUUCCCAUCUUUGAAGGGUACAAUGAUCGCAGUCGGGGCCAGUCGCGAGAAUGUUCAACCAAUGUUGAAAGCUCUGUCUGCAUAUGCAACUGUCGCUUGCGUUAACAGCCCCUCCAGUGUGACUGUCUCAGGAGAUGCGACAGCAAUUGAUGAACUUGAACAAAUUCUUCAAGACAAGCAGCUCUUCAACCGAAAGUUGAAGAUCGAUGUUGCUUAUCAUUCUGACCACAUGAAAAACGUUUCGGAAGCAUAUCUUGAGGCAAUCCAAUCCGUACAGCCCUCCUUAUCUGGGAAAUCUGCCUUUUAUUCCUCUGUAUUUGGUCGUCUCGCAGAACCUGCUGAGCUUGGACCGGCGUACUGGGUCGCUAAUUUGACCUCGCCCGUGUUAUUCCCCGAUGCUCUCAGCAAGAUUGUGUCCGACGAUGAGACAAGGCCCAAUCUUUUUGUUGAAAUUGGUCCACACUCUGCAAUGAAAGGUCCUAUCCUGGACACUCUGAAGAGCCUGGGACCUACGGUUUCCAAGAUUGGAUACACCCCUACAAUUCUCCGCAAUGUUGAGGCGGCUCAAGCAGUCUUGUCUACUGCUGCCGCUGCAUACAUGCGUGGUGCUACUCUUGACAUCACCAAGAUAAACUUCCCUAAGACCGGGGCGGCAAACCGCUGGUUCUUGAGCAACCUGCCUCGCUAUCCUUGGCAACAUGGUACCCGGUACUGGCACGAUGGUAGAAUUGCCCAGAAGCACACAAUCAGAGACCGCGCUAGAAACGAUGUUCUGGGAGUUUUGGCAAAUUACUCGAACGAUUUGGAACCCACAUGGCGAAACAUUGUUCGGUUGGAUGAGAUUCCAUAUCUCCGUGAUCAUAAGAUGCAGGGUAUGGCGGUCUACCCCCUAGCAGGCUAUCUGGUCAUGGCGAUUGAAGCAGUGCGGAGACGUGCAGACCAACUUGACAUUCAAAUCUCUCAGUUCGAACUGCGCGAGGUUAUCGUUGGGGCGGCUCUUGUUCUCACUGACGACACAGAUGCGGAAACCACCAUCACGCUUCGUCCCUACACUGAAGGUACCCGUGGAUCAUCCGAUGUCUGGGACGAAUUCCGCGUUUGUUCCUGGACAACUAAACGAGGAUGGAUAGAGCACUGCACGGGUCAAGUGCGAGUCCGUUCCGACCCGAAGCAACAAGCCGCUGCAAUCUCGAGCCCCGUUGAGACUCAAACCGAUCACACAAAGGCUCAAAUCGCUAAGAUACAGGCGGCUGCUACGCAUCACACCGAUAUACAGCACAUGUAUCAAAUUCUCAGUGACCUGGGUGCUGGCUACGGUCCCAUCUUCCAAGAUCUUGAGGACUGCUAUGCCAGCCCGCACCAUUCACUCGCAGAUUUGCAUGUCAGAGAUACAGCUAGUGUUAUGCCCAAGAAUUUCGAACCGCCACUCACCGUGCAUCCGUCAUUCCUCGAUGGACUGCUUCAUCUUGUCUGGCCUAUUCUUGGCCAAGGACUCGGCCGCAUGGAUCUGGACACGCUUUACAUGCCAACCAUGAUAAAGCGUGUGACGAUUGAUAUCAAUGUUCCAACAAAGGCCGGUGAAUUUGUCAAAGCUUACUGCAACGGCAGCCCCAGCUUACCUUCACCUGAGCCCACCAAGUUUGAUCUUUUCGCCACGAAAGAAGGAAGUACCGAGCCUUUGAUAUUCAUGGAGGGGCUUAUUAUGACCCCUCUCAGGGAGGCUGACACUCGCCGUGAAAGUUUCCGCAAAAUAUGCUACAAGCUCAACUGGCAUUCCUUGACCGAGCUUCAAAACUCUGACGAAACGGAUAAUCAGGAGUCUCGAGAACCUGCUCAAGUCAACGGUAGCUCCCAGGCAGACGCUAGCACAACAAGCAAUGGCAAGCUGGAGACCAAUGGCCAUCACCAUGAGAAGGAGAAUGUGAAUAAGGAAGUUGCCAAACCAAAGCGUGAUAUCAUUAUUUCCCACUUCGGUGCACCGGACAUCAUCGCUGACAAGCUGAGCCGUGCACUAUCUGAAACGCUGAACUGGAAGCCUUCUGUGCAGGCAUUUGGCGAGACUGACUUAACUCACAAACAUCUCCUUUUGCUCGAAACCGGAGAGAGUUCGCUGCGAAACAUCACCGAGGACGUUUUCGACAAACUCAAGAAGGCAUUGCUCAACGCUCAGACUGUGCUUUGGGUCUAUCGGACCGAUUCUCCUGAUAGUCAAAUGACUGUUGGUUUGGCGCGUACCUUGCGCUCGGAAACUCUGGCCAAAAUUGCCACUCUGGGAUUGGCUGCUGAAGACAUUGGCACACCGGAGAAGCCAAUCCAGGCCGCUAUCGAUAUAUUUUGGCCUGCUGAUGGAUCUAAGCCAUCUGGAGACUUUGAAUUCAAGGCAAAGGGCUCGGAGCUGUUUGUUCAGCGCAUUGUUGAAGACGAUGUUGCUAAUGGCUUUGUCUAUAACGAAACCAACGAGAUGGCAAUCUCAACCCAGCCAUUCGUUCAGCCUGGGCGACGUUUCAAGAUCCAAAUUGGCAACCUAGGUGCCCUGGACUCGCUUUACUUCGUCGAUGACAAUCUACCACCAUUGGGUGAGAACCAAAUCGAGCUGGAGGUCAAGGCAACUGGUCUCAACUUCAAAGACAUCGUGGUAUCCAUGGGCCAGCUUGCCCAGCCUUACAUUGGAAUUGAAUGCAGCGGCAUCGUUUCCAGUGUGGGCUCGAAUGUCACAGAUGUCAAGGUUGGACAAAGAGUCAUGGCUUUUCCAGAAGGCUGUUUCUCUACAUACGCGCGCUGCCCUGCUACCAGCGCGACCGAGAUCCCAGCAGACAUGUCGUUUGAGGUCGCAGCCACCGUUCCAGUGGUUUUCGGCACUGCAUACUAUGCACUGUUUGACCUUGGCCAACUACAGCCUGGUGAGCGUGUGUUGAUUCACGCCGGUGCUGGUGGAGUUGGUCAGGCUGCUAUCAUGGUGGCACAAAUGAUCGGUGCAGACAUCUUCGCCACUGUAGGAAGUCUUGACAAGAAGCAAUUCUUGAUGACCCAGUAUGGAAUUCCCGAGGAUCGCAUCUUCUACAGUCGUGAUGCUUCAUUCGCCCGUGGCGUUCGAAGAGCUACCAGCGAGGCAGGUGUGGAUGUAGUCGUCAAUUCACUUGCAGGAGAUCUCCUGCGUGAGACUUGGGAGACUCUAGCUCCAUUCGGUCGCUUCAUCGAAAUUGGAAAGGCCGACAUCACCAAGAACACCCGCCUUGAUAUGCAGCCGUUUGAGAACAAUGUGACCUUUUCCUCAGUCGACAUGACCAAGGUUGCUAGGUUCAAGCCACAGCUCAUGAAGCGUCUGUUACGUGAUGUCUCCCGCUUGCUCAGCCAGGGACACGUUCACCCGGUUCUACCAAUUUCGAUUUACGGUAUCUCCGACAUCGAGAAAGCGUUCCGUACCCUGCAGACGGGUAAGAGCAAGGGCAAGAUUGUGGUUGUUCCCCGGGAGGGUGACCAAGUCAGGGCUGUGGCACCUAAGACCAGCGCGACUUUGCUUCGCCCAGACGCAUCGUACAUUUUGAUUGGUGGUACUGGUGGUCUGGGUCGAAGCAUGGCUAAGUGGAUGGCUUCCAAGGGCGCAAAGAACAUUGUUCUUGUGUCACGUCGAGCAGCUAUCAACGACAAAGUACAAGCUUUGAUCGAUAACUUGGCUACCUUGGGAGUGCGAGUCGCCGUGAAAGCUUGCGAUGUCAGCAAUCCGCUGUCAGUUGAGACCCUUGUCAAGCAAGAAAUGAAAGAUCUCCCCCUGUGCGAGGUGUUGUUCAGGGUGCAAUGGUGCUUCGUGUAA